CCAGAACCUUGAAUUGGCAAAAGAUUUUUAGCGUUAUUCUUGCAAAUUAAAAACUUUGUCUCUAAUUAGAUACCUAAAAAGACGCGAUGGCGGCCAUAUUGUCGUAGCCAUAUUUUGUGUUUAAAUCUAUGGAAAAUGUCUCAGGGAAGAUGGCUCCUGGUGACGACGACAUUUAGCAAUGGGCGACAUUCUCCCGGAUGUGGUACGUCAUUGACGCCAAUCAGCAGCCGCCGGGGAAGAUCGCCUCCAUAUGUGCGCAGCACCUGCAGGGUCUCCACAAGCCCAUGUAUCACGCACUGAGUGACUGCGGGGACCAUGUAGUGGUGAAGAACACCAGACACAUCGCCUUCUCUGGAAAUAAAUGGGAACAGAAGGUUUAUUCUUCACAUUCGGGGUAUCCUGGAGGCUUUAGACAAGUCACCGCAGCCGUUCUCCACCGGAAGGAUCCCACCGCGAUAGUUAAACUGGCCGUGUACGGGAUGUUGCCGAAAAACCUUCACAGAAGAACCAUGAUGCAGAGGCUGCAUAUAUUUCCUGAAGAGGAUAUUCCAGAAGAAAUCUUAAAAAAUCUAGUUACAGAACUUAAACAGCCCAGAGUCAUUCCCAAGAGGCUGAACGAAUACUCCAGAGAGGAGAUCGAGGCUUUCCCUAAACUCUGGAUCCCAUCCUCAGACUACCUGCCCAAAUAACUCUGUGAAUAUCAAAGGAACACCAGGACAGAUCAUCUCCGAACCUGGGAAGAUUUAUGUCGAUUUUUGUUAUGUUUAUAUGAACGUUGCAUUUUGCUUUAUAAUAAAUCCAUUUGACAUUCUGCACAA